GUAAACAAAAACACAAGCAGCUGUUCCCGUUAGCAAUUUAGUGUUGGCAAGCUUGACAAUAUUAAACUAGAACAGAUAAUUUUUGUAAUUCCACCCAACAAUUACUUGACACAAGUUAGACGACAAAGUCAAUACAAAUAAGUGGAUGACAUUUUGAUGUGAACGUUGGAUUGGUUCCAUUAUCUCCGUUACACAACUCAACGGCAGGAAGAACCACCACGACGAAAGACCAAAAGCUCUCCUCGGUGCUCUUGAAAGUCCCCAUCAAAGUCAAAGAAGUCAGCCAAAAAAAAAGAAACAAAAUAAAGAACGAUGCGAAGUGGCACAAAAGCGAUGAAAAAACAGUCUUUGUAAGCCGCAGCCGCCGCCGCACAAAAGCCAAAUGAAGUUGGACGAACUAAUUGCCCGAAAUGGGUAGUCUUGGGAAAAACACGACGACGUGAGCGAGAUAUAAGCAGCGUACCAAACCGGACCGAGCGUUCAGUUCUCAGCCGUUCGACGGAAGCAUCGCAUCUGUUCGGAUCGGAUCAGUCGCAGUUUUUGCCUUAUAUCGCACAUAGCGACUUCCACAUCGCAAAUAGAACGCGAAAAGUCCCGGCUGAGCGUUAAUUUUUGCAUACAAUGGAGUACCUGAGCUACGUCUAUGAGAAAAUUUUCGGGGGACAGGCCGGCGAUGAUGACACGCAAGGGGCUUUCCACACACCUCGCAAAGUAAUCUGUUUUGGCAAUGUUCUUCUGGACCGGCUAGUCAAGCUGGAGGAUCCGGAGCUCCUCGAGCGUUAUGGCCUCGAGCUGGGAUCCAAGGGCGAGCUGGAUAUGGAAAAACUCAACCAGUUGGCCACAGAGGCUUCUGAGAGCUCUCAAUGUCUCACGAAUCCUGGUGGCUCGGCCCUCAACACAGCCCGCAUCCUCAAGCAGCUGGGCACGGAUGCCCUUUUCUUUGGCGCCGUGGGCUCUGACAAGCGCGCCGAGGAGCUGCGACAGAUCUUCCGGGAGCGGGGCAUCGAGGCGCGACUGCAGACCGUGGAGGAGGCGCACACCGGUCAGUGCGUCUGCCUGAUGUACAAGGAUAACCCCACGCUCUAUGCCAACAUCGGUGCCUCGGCCCAGUUCCAGGUGCAGACGCUGAGCCAUGCCGUCAGCCAUGAGGGCCAGAGCUUUCUGCGACCCGUGGAGCGCAAGCAGAUCCUGUACGUGGAGGGCUUCUUCGUGCCCCAGAGGAGCGAGGUGUGCGACUAUAUAGUGCAGCACUUAGUAAGGGAGCGUCGGCGACUGGCCCUGAAUCUCAGUGCGCCCUAUAUAGUGCGCGAGAAUGCCCAGACUAUGCUGAAGCUAGCCCGCUUGGCCUUCUUUGUCUUUGGCAACCGACAGGAAUUCGAGGCCUUGGCAAAGGCUGCCGGAGGAUUUGGAAAUGUGGACGAGCUGGCCAAGCACCUACUGCAAGCCAGUGGCCCCAAGGUCAUCUUUGUGACGAACGGCAGUGCUGGUGUCCAGGUGAUCACCAACUAUGUGGAGGAGCUGGCUCCUGCGGGUCCCAUCACUUUCGAGGACUAUCGGGCACAGCGGGUGGAGGAGCUGGUGGACGCGACUGGGGCCGGAGAUGCCUUUGUUGCCGGAUUCCUGCACGCCUGGCUGGAGAAGCGUUCGCUGGGCGAAAGUAUUCGCAUGGCUUCCAAUGUGGCUGCCAAGGUCGUCACCCAGGUGGGAUGCAAUCUGCCGUAGACCGGCGGAAUCUGCCUAAAUCUCAGAGAGCGCACAAUCAAGCACCAAAGUAGACUUUUAGUACGUAAUUAUUCGCUUAAUCUCCUUACUUAGGAUAACACUCAUCCAGGUUUUCACUCAAGCAAUGAACUUAGUCUGUAAGUUGACUAAAUAAAAGUGAUUUAUUUUGCGACCAAACAAA